AUGCCUCCCUCUUCUCCAUGGCAGCAACGGCUCGAAGAUGUGUGCCGUGAAUACAGCAUCCAAGCCCCCGUUUUCCAGAUUGUCUCUGACCGAAGAGGUGGUCGGACAGCUUGGUCAAGCGUAGUUCAGGUUUACGGCAGAAGGAUCGAAGCACGCUUCUGGUACGACGGCAAGAACCUCAACAACGCAAAGGAAGACGCAGCUGAGGCAGCAUACAAUUGGUUGUCGCCAUAUUUACAAUCAACAUGGUGA